CACCGGGGUUGGGGUUAAGCUUUAUUGCGCAUCUUGUUGCGCACAGUCCGCCUGGCGCUACGAGCUGUUCAUCGACAAGUUUAAAUAAAGACACGGAUCUUUUUGAAUAAGUGAAGAGCACAGCAGAGGAACGGUCUCCACGUCCGUCGCCGCGAUGCUGGAGCUGCCCAACUACAGCGGCCAGCUGCUGCAGCAGCUGUGGGCCCUGAGGAAGGAGGGCCACCUGUGUGACUGCACCAUCCUGGUGGGGGACGCUCAGCACCGGGCCCACAAGGUGGUGCUGGCCGCCGCCAGCCAGCUCUUCAGGUCUCUGCUGGAGGGCUCCGACACCAUCUCCAUCGACACCUGCGUGGUGUCCCCCAACGAGUUCAGCUGCCUCCUGGACAUGAUCUACACCGGGAAGCUGCCCUUGGGCAAACACAACGUCAGCCGCAUCGUGACGGCCGCAGACAGCCUGCAGAUGUACGACGUGGCCGUGGGCUUCAAAAACGUCCUCACCACUCUGGUGACCCAGCAAGCGGCCCAGACUCACGGCACACAAACCCCACAGCCCCGGGGCCCGGCCGGAGCCCCCGGGGCGGAGACUCCCGCCUCGGCCCCACCCAAGGACGACUCGGCUGCGGAGAACGUUAGCUCCGCGGUGAAAGAGGAGCACGAGACUCCUCCGCCGUGUAAAAGAACCCGCAUGGAGCUCCGUGUCGCCAAAGAACCUAAGGAGUCCCCCGCCCCGGAGAGCAAAGAGAAGGAGAAGGAGAAGGAGAGCGAGGCUCCUGCCACCGAGCUGCCCAGUGAACCUCCGGUUCUCCUGCAGCGCUCCUCGGAGCUGGUGGAGAUGCUCAGCGGCGUCCCCGCCAUCCUGGACCUGAUGAACCAGGCAGCGCAGAGCAGUCUGGAGCCCCAGGACCGGCUGGUGGUCGGUCAGUGCUGUGAGAAGGCGGAUCCCCGCUCUGGGCUGGAGAUGCUCAUGAGCAGUCUGAAGGUUGGAACCAUCAGUGAAGCAGCGCUGCUGCAGCUGCUGCGCUCGCUGGAGGAGAAGUCGUCGUCCUCCCUCCCCCCAUCACUCUCGUCUCUGCUGGCCGACCUGGGGGGGGCCAAGCAGCCGCCUGCUGAGGACCAGCCUGACGAGGAAGAGGAGGAAGAGGAGGAGGAGGAGGAAGGAGCCUCCGACGAUAAAGAGCCCCCGGAAGACGCGGCACCAGACUCUCCCUCUCCUCCCGCGUCCCCCUCCUCCUCCAAGAGGCCGUACCGCUGCCGCUGGUGCAAGAAGACCUUUGACUACAAGUGCCGGCUGGCGGCCCACGCCAAGCGCUGCCCGCUGUCGCGGGAGUGCAUGCAGCCGUGCCCCGAGUGCCCCGAGAAGCUGCCCAGCCAGCAGGCCCUGCAGCGCCACCGCGCCUCCGUGCACCGCGGCUCACGGCCCAAGAAGAAGGUGGCCUGUGAGCUCUGCGGACGCACCUUCGCCCACCCGUCAGGGAUGAUUUACCACAAACGGACGGAGCACUUUGAGGAGAAGCCGUUCGUGUGCGAGGAGUGCGGCGCCAAGUUCGGCGCCAACUCGUCGCUGAAGAACCACAUGCGCCUGCACACGGGGGAGAAGCCGUACCACUGCAAGCACUGCGACAUGAGCUUCAGCGUGGCGGCCGCCCUGGCCUACCACACCAAGAAGAAGCACUCCGAGGGUAAGAUGUACGUGUGCCAGUACUGCAAGGCCGUCUUCGCUCAGUCCAUCGAGCUGACGCGUCACGUUCGGACGCACACCGGCGACCGGCCGUACGUGUGCCGGGAGUGUGGGAAGGGCUACAGCCAGGCCAGCGGGCUCACCGUGCACCUGCAGACGUUCCACAAUGUGUCGGAACCCCACGACUGUCAGAAGUGCUGCCUGAGCUUCUCGUCGCUGGAGGAGCAUCAGAAACACAUCCAGGAGUUGCACCCUAAGGAGUUCCACAAGUGCAACUGCUGCAGCAAGGUGCUCACCAGCGCCGCCCUGCUGGAGAAGCACGCGGCCUCGCACACCGGGUCCAAGCCCUUCAGCUGUGAACUCUGCAGCAAGUCGUACCAGCAACUGUCGGGCCUGUGGUACCACAACCGGACCAACCACCCAGAUGUGUUUGCCCGACACACCCGGCAGCUCAAGAACCUGGUCCAGUGUGACGUCUGCUUCAAGUUCUUCCCCAGUAGCGCCAGUCUGACCAAACACCAGGCCGCUGAUCACCACGACGACGAGGACAAUAAAGACUCGGAGGCGGCUCCGCGGCGUUGCCUGCACUGCAAGGCGGAGCUGGGCGCCGACGAGAAGCUGCAGGCGCACGUGUGCAGCAAGAAGCCCGCCCAGGCCGGCAACUCCUUCAACUGCCCGCUCUGCUCGCUCAUCUGCGUGUCCCAGCUGGAGCUGCACGAGCACCUGCUGUCCUGCCACAUGGGGGCGCCGGCGGACCAGGAGGCCGGAGAGGAGGCCGGAGAGGAGCAGCAGGCCUCCACCUCCUACACGGUGGUUUCGGCAGAUGCGGCACAGACACCAGAGGCGGGGGAGGGGACCAGCACCACGCCUGAGGAGCUGAACGGCAGCCAGCACGUGGUCUUAACACUGGUCAACGGAGGAACCGGAGGAGACGCAGCAGCACCGGGAAAGAUGGAGAUGAACAUGUACGAGCUGCUCAACAACUCCAUCACCUUCAUCUGCGGGGACAAAGCGGCCGCACCGGACGCUUGACCGGGAAACGUCCCUCAAAGAGCCGUGGACACGGCAGCACGCUCAUCCCAGUCUGGCCACUGGAGCCGGGAAUACGGGCUUUCAGCCGCAUAAACAUUCAAAACACUUGCUUCAUGUGUCAUUGACAGCUUUGGACAGAGACGACAGGAAGUCUUUUAUACUAGUACCUACUCAGCCCGACUCCACUCGUUUGUUUUUAGACACCCAGGUGAGAAGUAGGCGGGAUUGGAGGGAAGCUGCUGUGACGUAUUUGAUAAGACAACACUAAAGAUGUAGAACCUGGAGAUGAUAGAUGUGCUGCUGGGUCUGUGGCUUGUGUUUGUUUGUCUCGGCGCUGCUGAAAAGUCUGUUUGUAGCAGCGAGCAGUUAUGAAGAGACAGAGCUCAUGGUGGAUCUGGUUGUUCCUU